GUCGCUACAGGGAGACAUUUCUCCUGAAUAACUCCCUCUCCUCGCUUUGGUCAGUCUCCUCCUCACUACCCCCACUACUCCGCGUGUUGUUCCUCUGUUAGGGUUUCGAGCACCACCGGCGUUUCGCCGUGCUAUGGAUCGUUCCCUUCAGUCGAAACACCUCUCCACUGGUGGCGGCGAUGCUGUCGACUACGCUUUAGCCGUUGAGUAUAGUGGUCCGCCAAUCCCUUAUGAGAUCCCUCAGGCCAUCCCGAUCGAGAUCGAGCGGAUCCCCAUCGCAGCCGUCGUCUCUCCUGCUCUCCUUUCCGACCACCUUUCUCUCCCCGUUGCUCAGCCCCUCCCGUCCCCAAACCCCUUUAAGAAAACUGACGUUUCCUCUCCGACCUCUGUCAUUGAGAACCACAUCGCUGUCGACGGGGAGCUAUCUGGCGAAGUUGCCAGCUCCGGAGCCGUGGUGUUCUCCAGCGAGCUUAAGAGAAGCGAUGGAUCUUUGAACGAGCGAAACUCGAUGGAAUCGGACCUUAGUUCUGAUUUUGGAUUGCAGUCUUCAGUCUCUGAAGAGGAGUACGAGGAUGAACGCGAUAGUGAUAUUAACCAUCAAGUUAGGCCGGUUGGGGUGAGCUUCCAGGGUUCGGCGGAAACGAGUGCGGCUGUUUCUUCGGAUAUGAUCACUGCUUAUCAGGGGAGGGAUGAGGAGUAUGUGAGGAUGGUGAAGAAGGGGGCUUGUUUCCGUUGCUUGAAAGGGAACCGGUUUACGGAGAAGGAGGUUUGUUUGGUUUGUGACGCAAAGUAUUGUAGUGGGUGCGUUUUGAAGGCAAUGGGCUCCAUGCCGGAAGGGAGGAAGUGUGUCCCUUGCAUUGGGGGUUCGGUUGAUGAGUCGAAGAGGGAAAGGCUGGGGAAUGCCUCUAGAAUGCUGAAGAGGUUGCUGAGCAAUCUGGAGGUUGAACAGGUUAUGAAGGCUGAGAAAUAUUGCGAGGCAAACCAGCUUAGGCCAGAAGACGUUUGCGUUAAUGGGAAACCGCUUACUCAUGAGGAAAUUUUUAUGUUGCAGAGCUGUCCUUGCUCACCUUCGAAGUUGAGGCCGGGUUACUAUUGGUAUGACAAAGUUUCCGGAUUUUGGGGAAAGGUAGGACACAAGCCUGAUAAAAUUAUUAGCCCCAAUCUUAAUGUGGGUGGUAGUAUAAUGAGAAAUGCAAGCAAUGGAAACACUGGCAUAUUGAUAAAUGGUCGUGAGAUUACAAAAGUUGAACUACAAAUGCUUAAGUGGGCAGGGGUUCAAUGUGCUGGAAAUCCUCAUUUUUGGGUUAAUUCUGAUGGAACCUACCAGGAAGAGGGGCAGAAGAAUAUUAAGGGUCAGAUAUGGGGAAAGGCGAGAACAAAGUUGCUUUGCUCUUUUUUAUCAUUGCCAGUUCCUUCCAAAGCCGCAAAAAGUUUUGGUGAAGAGGUGAAUAUCUCUAUCAAUAGAGCUGUACAUGAUUACAUUGAGCAGAGGACAACCCAAAAACUUCUUUUGGUUGGUUCUUGUGGAUCUGGAUCAAGCACUUUAUUUAAACAGGCCAACUUUUUGUAUAAGAGAGUCCCUUUCAAUGAGGAUGAGCUUCAGAGCAUGAAGUUGAUGAUUCAAACAAAAAUUUAUAGUUAUCUUGGUAUAUUACUUGAGGGUCGUGAACACUUUGAAGAAGAGUAUUUAUCUGAGAAAAGGAAAAAACAAUUUUAUGAAUCUUCUUCCAUAGAUGAACAGGUUACUGUAACUCCAUACUCCAUUUCCACAAGACUUAAGGAAUUAUCUGAUUGGCUUCUCAAGGUCAUUGCGGCAGGGAACUUGGAAGCCAUUUUUCCAGCUGCAACACGUGAAUAUGCACCAUUAGUUGAGGAGCUGUGGAAUACUUCCGCUAUUCAAUUAACAUAUAAAAGGAUAUCCGAGCUACAAUCGCUUCCUGCUGUUGCUUGUUAUUUCUUAGACCGGGUGGUUGAAAUAUCCAGAGUUGACUAUGAGCCUUCUAAAUUGGAGAUUCUUUAUGCGGAGGGAAUGGCAUCAACAAAUGGAUUAGCUUGUAUGGAAUUCUUUUACCCCCAGUCAGACUCCGGUGGAAGUGAGUUUACUGAGCAGGAUGCACCAUUAAGGUUUCAACUUAUGAGGCUUCAUAGUAAAGGCUUGGGAACGAACUUGAAGUGGCUUGAUAUGUUUGAGGAUGUACAGCUUGUAAUCUUCUGCAUUGCCCUGAGCGACUAUGGCGAAGUAUAUGAAACUGAAGGUGGUGAAAUCACAAACAAGAUGAUGGAGGACAAGAAGCUGUUUGAGAGCUUUCUGUCUCAUCCAACUUUUCAUGAAAUGGACUUUCUUCUUGUACUGAACAAAUUUGAUCUGCUAGAGCAGAUGAUCGAAAAUACCCUACUGACCACCUGUGAUUGGUUUGAUGACUUUGACCCAGUGAUUAGCCGCUAUCCCAACAAGAGAAGUCGCAAUGCCAAUAAUUGUGCCACAUUAGCUCAAACUGCCUUCCACUAUGUAGCUGUGAAGUUCAAGAGGCUCUUCUAUUCCCUCACAAGAAGGAAGCUUUAUGUGACCCUCUCAAAUGGUUUGGACUCUGAUUCUGUGGAUGCUGCUAUUAGGUAUGCAAGAGAAAUUCUGAAAUGGAAAGAAGAGAUACCAGCUCCCAAUGAGGACACAUGCACCACUGAUAUGUAUAGCUCUGAUCCAAGCUCCUAUUCUCACUGAUCUUUUGGGGGUAAUGGAAGGAUCUGUAGAUAGGCACCUCAUCGAGUAGCAGCAUGAGCUCUAGGAUUUCAGGGACCUCCCGAGCGGUGUUGUGUUACUGUGGAUUACCGGUUCCCUUACGUCACUUCAAUCUCAUAGCAGUGGGAGACAGUUCUACGGUUGUCAGAGGGGUGUUUCAAUAUAGUGCGGUUUCUUCCGUUGGGCAGACAUUCCAACAUACUCCCCUAUCGACAAUGAUCAUGGUAUGAUGGUUUCUCAGGAGGACAGUGUCGCUGAGGACAGAUGGCGUCAGAGUUUUAAAUUAAAUAUUUUGAUAUUUUUACUUUUACUUGUAA